GUCAACCGCCGGUAAAAAUCUGCACAAGAAAGCGAAGGUGCAGUCGUUAGGGUUGUAUAGCAUCUUGAACGGAAACGUUUUCUUUCGUUGUAUCUCAGCGUUUCUUUUGGUUAGCCUGUGCUAGUUAAAACCAGAGAGUAAGAUGGCUCUCAGAGCAAAGACGAAAAAGACCACAAAGAAGCGGGCCCAUCGAGCCACCUCGAACGUGUUUGCAAUGUUCGACCAGAACCAAAUUCAGGAAUUCAAAGAGGCCUUCAACAUGAUAGAUCAAAACCAUGACGGCUUCGUUGAUAAAGAAGAUUUGCACGAUAUGCUGGCUUCACUGGGAAAGGAUCCCACCGAUGCAUACUUGGAAGAGAUGAUGAAGAUGUCACCGGGUCCUAUCAACUUUACAAUGUUUCUAACAUUGUUUGGUGAAAAACUGAACGGGACAGACCCUGAAGAUGUGAUUAGAAACGCUUUUGCCUGUUUUGACGAAGAUGGCAACGGUAAAGUGCACGAAGAAGUACUUAAAGAGGCCCUAACUACUAUGGGAGACAGAUUCACUGACGACCAAGUAGAUGACGUGCUUCAUGACGCCCCGAUCGACAAAGAUGGUUACCUGGAUUUCACAAAGUUUACUCACAUCUUAAAACACGGCAAAAAGGAAGACGAUGAUUGACAACCCUAAGAACCGAUUCAAUACACGUUUUUCGUCUAGAGUAACUUGAUAAUUCGGUAAUGUUCUUUGGGUUAGUUGUACUAAUUUUGUGUGGGAUUAACAAAUAUCAUUCAUUUUAGUGAAAUCUUAUUUAUGCAUGACUUCAGGACAUUGAUUAUUUAAGCUUACAUUCAGGGGCCACGAAAAGAUUUUAUUGGCUCUGAAAACAAGCAAUUGUUUUGUUAGACAGCUGUUGAUUGGGAGUAACAAAAGAAAAUUGAGAUUCAAAGUUUGUACAGUAAGUAUAGUAAUUCUAAAUAGUGAUGCUGGAAUUUUUGGCCCCGUUGCCAGUGAAAUAUUUCCCUUGACUGGUCUCCAUACGUUUCUUAUAGCACCAGUUAGGUGGAUGUGAUUGAAGUUUAGGGUAAUUCCGUAUUGUCAGUCAUUCUUGUUCCUGCAGGCAGAUAUUUCAACAAGUUUAAAGUUCAAAGUGGAUGGCUUAUCUGUAAACAAGCCUCCUAUAUGCUAUUCAGAUGUUUCUUUUCCUUUGAUCAGCCAGUGCAAAGACAUGCAGCUUAAUACAGGGAAUGUAUCUUAUAAUAAAGGAGCUUAAUAUUCCCAAGUCAGUGCUAACUUAACUAAGGUCCUUAACUUAACCAGAGCACCAUUCAGGCUAACUAGAGUGCUGUUUAGGCUAACCAAAGUGUGUUAAGGCAGACCAGAGUGUUGUAUAGGAUAAUCAAAGUGGUAAGUGUAGAAAAGCCGAAGUGCAUUUUAGCACAGUGCAAUUCCUGUAUUGAGCUGCUAGUAUGCAAAGGUGCAGAUGAAUAUUCAAUUGCAGGGGGGUACUCACUACUGUGGGAUAUGUUGACAGGGAGGUGCAAAUGAUAUCUGAUCCCAAGUUCUGGCACUAUUGUAGUUGGCCCUUUUGUAGAACAAAACCAAUUACCAACUGUAUAGUUUCUUUCAGAACGAACUACCCUCACUGGGACAAUCACUUCAAAAACUUUCCACUCGUCCUCCCCCUGCCAAUUGUUUGAAUACACCUCACCUAUGACUGAGAUGUACAUUAUAUUUGCUGCAAAGCUUAUAGGUAUGCCUGUGACAGUGUCAUGAUGUAUCUGAUAUCGUACUGCUUUUAAUGGGAGUAAAGACUGACGAAAGGCAUCAAAUGUAAGUGUGUGUGCUUCUGAGAUUUAAUUUAAAACAAUCAGUGAAUUUGUGAGAACUAAGAAUAAAUGUUUAGUUAAGGGAAUCAAAAUAACAGUGAAUAUGAAAACAUGCAUGAGCGUGAUUGAGAAAACACAUGUCAUUUUGUGUUCUUACAAUUUUUUGCAUCACUAUCUAAACAUGGACAUAAUAAUUGUAAUUUGAGUUUGUGUUCAAUCAUUUAUCAAUCUAUUGCUGUGUUUACUUUUUUCACUUAGAAAACAGUCUCUUGGGCAAUAAAUUUAACUACACACUUGAAUAUUGUUCAUGUCGUUAAUUUACAUUCAUUGGCUUAAUAUAUACUGGUAUACUAUUGUGAAGUCAUCUUUAGACCCUUUUCAUAGAUGCUGCCAAUUUAAAAUUCUUGUGCAUGUAAAUUACCCUCACUGAACUAAUUUGAGAGUAAAAAUUCUUUCAAAUUAUCAACUCAAAACAAGGUCAGUUAGGCUAAUUUUAGUACUGACAAAUAAUUUAUAAUUGACAAUCAUUUGUUUAAAGGGCCUGUUCAGGAACCUGAACAACUAGUAGAUUUACACUAUAACAAUUACAUUAUUUGCUCUCGAUUUCUAUGCAUGAUAGUUGACUUGGGCUGCAGCCUUAUCAUUUAUCACACAAUUGAAAUCUUGAGCUCAUAAUCAUUGUUCAUUAAUGGAGCGGCUAGACUUGAGGCAGAGAGGCUUCUUUUGUUUAGCAUAGAUUUGUACCACACGUACCAGUAGGAUAAAAAUGUAAACGUUAUAUAUGACUUGAUUUAGUUCAUUCCCUGGUACCAAGUGAGCUACAGACUUUGAUUUUACGUCAGCCAUAAGCCUGAAAAUCUCUUCAAGUGAUGAAAAUAAAUAAUUCUAUUUUAUUAGCACAGUACAAACAGGAAGAUAAGAUAGUAAAGGAAAGAAGAAGACUGACAUUCCUUUGUAUUUUUAUUUUGCCUACCACUAAAGUUUUUGUUGUGAAAAAUAAAACACUAAGACCGCA